CUCAGUUUCUAGUCUCGACCAUCAGAUCAGCCUCAUUUCAUAUUUGUAGCGUUUUUAGUUGUUGUCAAUUACUUUGAUCAUUAGAGGUAAUUCCAUUCUAUGUGCUUAUUUGGUCGUCGGCUAACUUUUCAUCUUUCAACUUUUUUCACAUACUGCUCCUCACACUCCAUCAGCGUUCAAGAUACUUUUGGGCUGCGCGCAAAUCUAUCAAAGGCUGGAUGUUAUUCAUGCAAGAUCGUGACAAAGAUAUUGGACAUAUUGGGCACAAUAACGGCCGACUGGUCAUUGGGAAAGUACGAAGCCAAUUCAAAUAUUUGUCUACUUUGGGACUUGCUUCACUGUGGGAUCUUUUGGCAGCAUACACCUGUCAGAUACUGAUUUCAUGCUUCAUUCUAUUCGUAAUUUCCUGUGGGAGAAAUAAAAAAGCUAAUUAUGGUUUUUCAUAUACGUGAAAUUACCAGCUUACUAGUAAAAUAUAGAUGUGAUUCAUUCCUAAAACAUAAUUACAAUUUUAUUCUAACAAGAAGUGCUUCAUCUCGUUCAUUUAAAAUACCGGAAACAAAUAUAAGAUGUGAUGAGCUACAACCAGAACCAUCGAACCGACCAAUUAUGACAUCAAGAAAACUUCAACCUCCGGUUUACUGUUCUACUUCUCGUGGUUCUCGAUUAACAUGGUUAGAAACAUUGAAACCAUUAGGCGUUUCAAAGUCUUCCAAUUCCGAAAGUUUACUUGGUAUGAUCGAUUUGCAUCCAGAUAUAUUUGCUGUAUUUCCACGUAUCGAUUUGGUGCAUAAAAAUUUAUACUGGCAAGCUCAUUAUCGGUUAAUUGAUUGGCGUUGUAUAACAACACGAGCAGAAUUAUCCUAUGGGACUAGAAAAAAACCCUGGCCUCAAAAAAAAACUGGAAAAGCUAGACAUGGUAAUCGUCGUACUCAUAUAUGGCUCAAUGGAGGACAGUGUAAAGGUCCACGUGGACCAGAGUCUUUUUUCUAUCUUCUCCCUUAUAAUGAACGCCUUGCUGGUUUAUUAUCAAUGUUAUCUAUAAAGCAUGCACAGAAUGAUUUACAUAUUGUGGAUGAUUUUAUGCUUUCAAAAACAUUGGAGGAAGAUGCUAAAACUAUUUUAACUGAAGCACAAACUGCUUCUCUCAACUUGAGUGAUUUGGAAGAUCCACUCUCUGCACUUAAUAAAACACGUCAUUAUCGUUUAACUAAAACAAUGAACGAAGCAGCAAUAUAUAUUCGUCAAUUGGCAGAUCUACGUUGUUGGGGUCCAUCUAUUUUAUUUGUCGAUGCACAUUCUCCAGCAAGUCAGUUGGCGAUUCCAUGUCCUGGAAGCGAAAACAUUGAUAAUAAUAAAACAGACAACAUGAACUUUAGUUAUGAUAAUCUAGCAAUUAGUUUGGCAUGCGGUUCUUAUGAAAAUCAUGUGAAGAGCGAGAUUUCACCGGAGUCAUCAGCAUUCAAACUUGAUUCUAUCGCUCCACGAGCUACUCAUCCUGGUAGAGGUUUAACAUUAAUGCCAGUUCACAGUUUAAAUGUUUGGUCUAUGGUACAUCAUGACACAUUAGUCAUAUCGUUAAAAGCAUUAGAAAUGUUAGAAGAGAAACUUAUCGCUGCCCAAACCGUUGUAGUUCGUGACGAGUACAGCGAGGCACCGUAUUUGCAUCCUUCAACUCCUGAUUGGUUCACUGCUGAAGUGGAUGGACAAGCAGAUGACUAUGUAAAUAAAUCAUUUGAGAACAGACAUUUUACUGAUAAUAUAGGCUCAUCAAAAUGGCGAAGAGAUACUCUUUGAUUUGUCCAGUGUACAGUUAUGAUUUAUAUUAUUUCCUAACCCAAUACAUCAUAAUGCUACUA